UGAGCACAAAAACCGUAGGCUAAACACAUUACAACACUUUGUCGUUGGUUUGUUGUUUUUUUUUCUUCGUUGUUGAUUGUUUAUCUGCUUUGCCUCAGUAACUCCAGCGUUUUACAAUCCGAAAGUUCUCUCUCUUUUUUUUUUUAAACUCGCAGACGUCAAGUUUUUUCAUGAAGACGGUAACGAUGAUGAUACAACCUGUGCAGACUGAGUUUUUAGUGGGUUUUUUUUCUAUGUUUACAUUACUAAAAUCGUAUUGAGCUUCUAUUAUUUAUUUUUGACAUAACUUUUGCUUCUUUUAUUAUUAAUAUUGGCGUUUAUAGUGCGUAUUUAGUUGUAAAAUUUGCUUUGAAAUCUUAUUUUGCGCUGACAUUAUCUCAAAGAUAAGGACUUAAGAGCUUUUAUUUGUUCUUAAAGUGGCAAAAAUUAAAAGUAUUGCUUAGGAUUUUAAUUAUUCGCCUCCAUACAUGACUUCAGACCAACCGUCACUGGCCAAACCCUCUGCAUUUUGUAACUUUUUUUCAUGCGGAAUCCAUAAUUGGAGACCUCACUGUGCCAGCCAUUUAACGCGCGCGCUCAACCGGAGCAGUGAUGCAGCACGAGCGCCUGCUCAAAGUUUUGGUCAUCGGUGAUCUCGGAGUCGGCAAGACGUCCAUCAUAAAGCGCUACGUGCACCAGGUCUUCUCUCAGCAUUACCGAGCCACCAUCGGAGUCGACUUCGCCCUCAAAGUGCUCAACUGGGAUCACAAGACGGUGGUGCGGCUGCAGCUGUGGGACAUUGCCGGGCAGGAACGCUACGGCAACAUGACCCGCGUGUACUACAGAGAGGCCGUGGGGGCCCUUGUUGUCUUCGACAUGACCAGACUAUCCACGUUUCAGGCCAUCCUCAAGUGGAAAGGAGACCUUGACUCAAAGGUCGCUCUGAGCAAUGGGAGACCGGUUCCCGCCGUUCUAUUGGCCAAUAAGUGUGACCAGCGUCGUCACGGUCUGUGCCCCAAACUGCCCAAACUGGAGAACUUUUCCAGGGAGUACGGAUUUGUCGGCUGGUACGAAACCUCUGCCAAGGACAACACCAACAUCGAUGCAGCCAUCACGUGUUUAGUGAAAAAUAUCAUUACUGUGGAGGAGGAAAGAGCCUUGAGCGAAGCGACCAACGCCGCCUCUAAAAGCGAACCGGAGGGCAGCGUCCUGGUUCUGCCUCGCUUCGAUUACAAUGUGAAGGAGAAAGGACUCGGUGGAUGUUCAGGAUGCUCUUCGCUUAAGCCUAGAGACAGAGACAACGACUGAAUGAGGGAGGAAAGGGAUGGGUCUGAACCAAAAGACUGGAAGGAGACAGAGAGAGGAGUGUGGAGAUUACUUUGUUGAAUAAUUAAUAUGUUGUAACUUAGAGUUGCAUCCUCUCCCUCUGCCUUCACAAAUGCAUUUCGUCAGAGGAAACAGUUUAACAGUUCAGGAUUUAAAAAUGUAAAACGAGAAGAUUUGCAAACCAUGAAUUUACUUUAUUUUUAUAACAGAAAUUGAGUCAAAAUUUGUUCCAUCAUCACAAAAAGUCUUUUAUUUUGAAAACCUUUUGAUAAAAUGGUUUUUGUGUUUGGAAGAAAAAGUGACACCUGCAACAGAGAAGUUUUUAUAAAUUAACUAAAAUUGAUUUGUCAAGUUCACAGCAACGUAUUUAACACACAAGACAUUCAUGAAAGAAUUUGAUUUCUUCCUUCAAAAUGACAUGUUAGAAUUCAAUACCGUCACUUGUGAAUAACAGAUUGCCUGAACAUUUUGAAGGUCUUGGUUUUGUUUUGAUGCUUUUGUUGGAGCAGAACACACAGCAGAUGCUAUUGUUCUUUGGAUGUGAGAAAAACAGCAUCUGUUUCAUUUAAAAGGCAAAAAUCCUUUUUUAAAGGAUUUUGUUUUUAAAUGAAAUGCUAAUUACUUUAUCUAGCUGUACUUGUCAUGGCACAGCUACUUCAUUCAUGCUUUCUAUAAGAUCAUUCAAAUUAGGUUUGCUUUGUAUCUAGAAUAUAAAUUAACUGUAUUUAACUGCAACAAGAUGGUUUCAUGAGUUUCACACCCGCUCAGGCCAAAGUGUUAAGUUUGUCCAAGUAUAACUGUGUUUCUACUUAAAGGUGAUCAUGACUAGCUGUGAGAAUGCAGUUUUGUAUUUUUAAACAAGAUUAUAUGUGUGUUUUAUCUGUGGCACAAGUCAGUAUUUUUCCCUUUCUCUUCCUCAUCAUCUCCCUCACUGCCUGACUUUGUCUCGGAUGUUCGUCACUGACAUUAUUUUGUUGAUGUCAUCAGUGAAAAAUGCAAACCAUGCAUUUGCAUAAUGUUUAAACAGCAGCUUCUGUUGAGUUACAGAGGUUCAGCUGAGAAUUUAAAGUCACCUUUUGACCACUAGUGGCCCUAUACAGCAAUGUUUUUUAUGGGCGGGUUGGCAUUUUGUGUAAUCUCGAGCCUCAUGAGGACACAAGGGUGACAAUACAUAAUUCUGCAUACUUCAGAUGGCGAUAGACAAUUGAAAUGCUUGGUAGUACUGCACCAAGAAACUUCCAAAUGUGACAGUGAGAGGCCAACGCACAGAAGAAGACUGUGAGCUAAUGUGAGCAGUGCUGGUUUAAAGACAUCGUAGCUUUAAUACACAUGAUGUGGUUUUGUCCAAUAAAUGUGUUUGUUUUUAAAGUGGUGAUGGUUAUCUUCAAUUUCCAGAAGGUGGCACUCCUUAUGUGUUCUGCCACAGUGGCGGUUUCUGUUCAUGCUAGCUAUCACCCUAGCUACGUCAUGCUAGUUUUUAGCCAUGCCAAAUCUGGACUUAGGGCUGGUGACGUUGGUCUGUGUGUCGGUCCACCUCGUUGGUCUAGAAUCUUAUCAGCUUGCCAUAAAAUUCUGUUUUUAAAUAUUCCUCUUGCGCCAUCAUUAGGUCAGAUUUUUAAUUGGCCCAUACUUUGGUUUAUGACUAAUAACUAUGCAAAACUAUGACAUUCUCAUCACCUUCUGAUGUACUUUGUGUUUUGUGCCUAUUAGCGAACGUUAGAAAGGUAACACGCGAAACUAAGAUGCUAGAUAUUAUACCUGCUAAACAUUAACAUGUUAGCAUUGUCAUUGUAAGCAUGAUAGCAUGCUGGCAUUAGCAUGUCACUGCACUGCACAAGCACUGCUAGUACAGCCUUACAGAACUGCUAGCAUGGCUGUAGUCUAUUAUAGUGUAUUCACAUUAUAGCAGAUAAAACAAGGAUCUUGUGAUGUGCGUUUCCGUUGGUUAGCACAGUAUCCGAAACUCCCGCUAAACUUAGCUAUAAUGCAAAUGUUAUUAACAAUAAGUUGCUACGUUUCAGAGACUUAAACUGUGUAUCUGCAUACUGAUAUUUCACCAAGCAAACAGUGUCUGGCCUGUUUAUCUGGUCUGAUCUGAGGUUAGUUCUGGAAAUUCAGAUACACUAGAAGGCUACUUUGUAUUUUGUCCUUUCAAAGCAGUGGUCAGCUGCAAAUGGCUGUGCCCACAAAGGUAAGCUCAGCUCGGAUCAAAGUUCAACAACAAACAGCUUUCAGUACACCCACGCAUCUCCACAGACAUCCACAGAGUCGUCGCAAUGCACCACAUACAUAAUAAUGAGAGUAGAUGUUAUUCCACACAAACAGGACAACUGUGUUAUGUCAUAGUAAUUAUAAAACGCUGACUGAUAGAUGGGAUUCUGGUUGGAUUAUAGAGUUUGGAGAUGGAUUGUCAAAAAGUCAUCACAGUUGCGUAACACCUUUGCAUAAUUUAAAAUCAGUCAUGCAGUUUUUAAAAUGUCAAAUUCUUCAAAGAUCCUCAUAUCUCAAUUCUGCUGUUUUUUUACUCAAACAUGCUUUCUUUUUUUGAAUUAUUAAAACCCUGUAUCGGUUUCUUGUUUUCUAAAAGUGAAAUAUAAGCACACAUUCGGUCGUCGUUCGCUCACAUCUUGGCUAUAGAACAGCAACAACAGGUAGCAUGACUACACAAUAGAAAUUAUUUUCCUUUUCUCAUUUUUACUGAUUUCACUGUUUGUCUUCCUGUUUUUACUCUCUCUGCCCUC